AUGGAUUAUGAGAAGGAUCCAGGUUGGCAGUACUUGCGACAGACGCGCGAGCAGAUGGCUGCUGAUCAGUCAAAACCAUUUGAUUCGAAAAAGAAUUGUUGGAUUCCUGAUGCUGAAGAAGGAUAUAUUGCUGCCGAAAUAACAAGUACAAAGGGGGACAAUGUCACCGUGGUGUCUGCUCGUGGUAAUGAGGUGACAUUAAAGAAGGAUAUGCUACAAGAAAUGAACCCACCAAAAUUCGAAAAAACAGAGGACAUGUCAAAUUUGACAUUUCUGAAUGACGCGUCUGUAUUGCACAACCUUCGAGCACGAUAUUCCGCAAUGCUCAUCUAUACUUAUUCCGGUUUAUUUUGCGUCGUGAUAAAUCCCUACAAACGUCUUCCAAUUUAUACUGAUUCGGUUGCAACAAUGUACAUGGGAAAAAGACGAACUGAAAUGCCACCACAUUUGUUUGCUGUAUCAGAUGAAGCUUACCGAAACAUGCUGGUAGAUCAUGAAAAUCAGUCAAUGCUAAUUACCGGAGAAUCUGGUGCUGGUAAAACAGAGAAUACCAAAAAAGUCAUUGCAUAUUUCGCAGUGGUUGGUGCAUCGCAGAGUAAACAAAAUCAAGGGGAGAAAAAAAUCACUCUGGAAGAUCAGAUCGUGCAGACAAAUCCAGUUUUGGAAGCGUUUGGUAAUGCCAAAACUGUGCGUAAUAACAACUCAUCACGAUUCGGCAAAUUCAUUCGUAUUCAUUUUUCAAGACAAGGAAAAGUUGCUUCCUGUGACAUUGAACAUUAUUUGCUAGAAAAAUCUCGUGUAAUUCGUCAAGCUCCUGGAGAACGAUGCUAUCAUAUUUUCUACCAAAUCUUUUCCGAUUUCAAUCCAACUCUCAAGAAAGAACUCCAGCUCGAUCAGCCACUUAAAUCUUAUUACUUUGUGGCGCAAGCCGAGUUGAGCAUCGAUGGUGUUAAUGACAAAGAAGAGCACCAGUUGACAGAUGAAGCUUUUGAUAUCCUCAAUUUCUCACUAGAAGAGAAAAUGAACUGCUACCGUCUGGUUGCAGCGAUCAUGCACAUGGGUUGUAUGAAAUUCAAACAACGGCCACGUGAAGAGCAAGCAGAACCGGAUGGUACCGACGAAGCCGAGAAAGCAGCGAACAUGUAUGGAAUUGACACAGAGGAAUUCUUGAAAGCCCUCACUAAACCACGUGUUAAAGUUGGUACGGAAUGGGUCAGUAAAGGACAAAAUGUGGAUCAGGUAACCUGGGCUGUUGGUGCAAUGGCAAAGGGAGUCUAUGCCAGGAUUUUCAAAUGGCUUGUCGACAAAUGUAAUAAGACUCUGGAUCAGAAAGGUCUCUCGCGUGACUACUUCAUUGGAGUUUUAGAUAUUGCUGGAUUUGAAAUUUUCGACUUUAAUUCAUUCGAACAACUGUGGAUCAAUUUUGUAAAUGAGAAACUACAACAGUUCUUCAACCAUCACAUGUUUGUGCUAGAACAGGAAGAGUACGAACGCGAAGGAAUUCAGUGGACUUUUAUCGAUUUCGGCCUUGAUUUGCAGGCCUGCAUUGAACUCAUAGAGAAACCUAUGGGAAUCAUUUCAAUGCUGGAUGAAGAAUGCAUUGUACCCAAAGCCACUGACCUGACUUUAGCUCAAAAACUCGUCGACACUCAUCUCGGCAAGCAUCCCAACUUCGAGAAACCAAAACCACCGAAGGGUAAACAAAGCGAAGCACAUUUUGCCAUGAAGCAUUAUGCCGGUACUGUCCGCUAUAACGUCAUGAACUGGUUGGAGAAAAACAAGGAUCCACUUAACGAUACCGUUGUUUCUACCAUGAAAGGAUCUAAAACAAAUAACCUUCUGCUGGAAAUAUGGCAGGACUAUACAACGCAGGAAGAAGCUGCUGCCUCAAAAGAUGGAGGCGGUGGAAAAAAGAAGGGUAAAUCAGGAUCGUUUUUGACAGUUUCUAUGAUGUACCGAGAAUCACUGAACAGUUUAAUGAGCAUGCUGAACAUGACGCAUCCACAUUUCAUACGUUGUAUCAUCCCGAAUGAAAAGAAGACUUCUGGACUUCUCGAUGCUGCUCUGGUUCUAAACCAGCUUACUUGCAACGGUGUGUUGGAAGGUAUUCGUAUAUGUCGUAAAGGUUUCCCCAAUCGAAAUUUACAUGCUGAUUUUAAGCAGCGUUACGCAGUUCUUGCUGCUAAAGAAGCAAAAAGUGAAGACGAUCCAAAAAAGUCUGCUGAAGUGAUGCUCAGUAAACUUGUGAAUGACGGGGCAUUAACGGAAGAGAAUUUCCGUCUCGGCAAAACAAAAGUUUUCUUCAAAGCCGGUGUUUUGGCACAUCUGGAAGACCUUCGAGACCAGAAACUUGGCGAAGCCCUUACUGGAUUCCAAGCUAGGAUUCGUUCCUACAUAAAUUUGGCCGAACGCCAACGACGCAUGCAACAACGCCAUGGUUUGUUGGUUUUGCAGCGGAACAUUCGUGCAUGGUGCGUGCUGCGUACCUGGGAUUGGUUCCUCAUUUAUGGGAAAAUCAAGCCCAUGCUUAAAUGCGGCAGAGAGGGCGAAGAAAUUGAGAAAAUGAAUCAACAAAUCAAAGAGCUGGAAGAAAAUAUAGCAAAUGAAGAAAAAGCUCGUAAAGAAUUGGAAAGCAAUUCUACGAAACUGCUUGAAGAACGAAACAAUGUUUUCAAUGAACUAGAAGCAGCAAAGGCACAGCUAUCUGACGUCGAUGAUCGUCUCAAUAGACUCUCGACACUAAAAACAGAUGUUGAAAAGCAAAUUCAUGAGCUGGAAGAACGUCUUGGAGACCAGGAAGAUCGUAACUCUGACUUAUCACGCUCAAAGAAAAAGAUCGAAAAUGACGUUGAAAAUUUGAAAAAAACAAUCGCAGAGUUGGAAACUCGAUUGCAAAAAACAGAUGCAGAUAAGCAAAACCGUGAGCAACAGAUUCGGACAUUGCAAGAUGAAAUGCAGCAUCAGGAUGAAAAUAUUGCUAAACUGAACAAAGAGAAGAAGCAUCAGGAAGAAAUUAACCGGAAACUAAUGGAAGAUCUACAAGUUGAGGAAGACAAAGGAAACUACAAUAACAAAUUGAAGGGUAAAUUAGAACAAAGUCUAGAUGAUCUUGAGGACAAUUUGGAACGAGAGAAACGAGGACGUAACGAAAUUGAAAAACAGAAACGCAAAAUUGGGGGUGAAUUGAAGGUUGCCCAAGAGAAUAUGGAAGAGAUUGAAAGACAGAGACAUGAAAUUGAAAGUAAUUUGAAGAAAAAGGAAAGCGAAGCCCAAGCAAUUACAGCACGUUUGGAGGAAGAGCAAGAUCUUGUUGGGAAGCUUAAGAAACAGGUCAACGAAACACAAAAUCGCAUAACAGAACUAGAAGAAGAACUGGAGAAUGAACGGCAAUCACGAAGUAAAGUGGAACGAGCAAAAUCAGAUUUGCAACGCGAACUAGAAGAAUUGGGAGAUCGUUUGGAUGAACAAGGUGGUGCUACGGCUGCUCAGGUGGAAGUAAACAAGAAGCGUGAAGCAGAGUUGGCAAAACUUCGUCGUGAUUUGGAAGAAGCUAACAUGAAUCAUGAGAAUCAACUUGCGGCAAUUCGUAAGAAGCACAACGAUGCAGUUGCGGAAUUGGGUGAUCAAAUUGAACAGGCACAGAAGGCGAAAGCCAAGAUUGAGAAAGACAAGAUGCAAGCACAACGCGAUGCUGAAGACUUCGUAGCACAAAUUGAUGGUGAAACAGCAGCAAGAAUGAACAAUGAAAAACUUGCAAAACAAUAUGAAAUGCAGAUUGCCGAAUUGCAAACCAAAUGCGACGAGCAAAAUCGACAACUUCAGGAAUUCACAACAUUGAAGACAAGGCUUAAUGGUGAAAAUAGUGACCUCGGGAAACAAAUUGAAGAAGCGGAGUCGCAGGUGAAUGCAAUGACGAGACUGAAGACUCAGCUGACAUCUCAACUGGAAGAAGCUCGUCGUUCACUGGAUGAAGAAGCGCGUGAUCGUAACAAUUUGGCAGCACAGAUGAAAAAUUAUCAACAUGAAAUCGAGCAAGUUCGUGAAUCGAUGGAGGAAGAAAUUGAAGCCAAAAGUGAGCUGAUGAAGCAGUUGAGUCGCGCAAAUGCUGAAAUUCAGCAAUGGCAAACACGUUUCGAAAGCGAAGGUUUAUUGAAGGGCGAUGAACUGGAAGAAUCAAAGAAACGACAGAUGCAGAAAAUCAAUGAACUCCAAGAAGCACUGGAUGCGGCUAAUUCAAAGAUUAGUUCCUUGGAAAAAACGAAAUCUCGUUUGGUUUCUGAUCUUGAUGAUGCUCAGAUGGACGUAGAGCGAGCCAACUCAUAUGCAAAUCAGCUUGAGAAAAAGCAGAAAGGAUUUGAUAAAGUAAUUGACGAAUGGAAGAGGAAGACCGAUGCCAUAGCUAUUGAAGUGGAUAAUGCACAACGAGAAGCUCGAAAUGUGUCAACCGAAUUGUUCAAAUUGAAAAGUGAACAAGAUGAAGUUCUGGAAACGAUUGAAGGCUUGAGACGUGAAAACAAAGAGUUGGCGCAAGAAAUUAAGGAUCUCACAGAUCAACUGGGUGAAGGUGGUCGUUCCGUAUUUGAAAUGCAGAAGAUAAUCCGUCGAUUGGAGGUUGAAAAAGACGAGUUACAGCAUGCUCUAGAUGAAGCCGAAGCUGCUCUAGAAGCUGAAGAAAGUAAAGUGCUCCGAGCGCAGGUUGAGAUUUCUCAAAUAAGAGCUGAAAUUGAAAAAAGAAUCCAAGAAAAAGAAGAAGAAUUCGAAAAUACACGCAAAAAUCAUCAAAGAGCGAUCGAAUCUAUGCAGGCGUCACUUGAAAAUGAGACGAGAAGUAAGGCGGAUUUGAUGAGAUUGAAGAAGAAAUUGGAAUCAGAUAUCAACGAAUUGGAGAUUGCGUUAGACCAUGCAAAUCAGGCGAACGCUGAAGCUCAGAAAAAUGUGAAACGUUAUCAAGAUCAAAUGAGAGAGCUACAGCAACAGGUCGAAAUCGAACAACGUAAUCGGGAAGAGAUUCGAGAGCAGUACUUGAAUAUGGAAAAGAAAGCGACUUUGCUGCAGUCGGAGAAGGAGGAGAUGUCAGUUGCGAUGGAUCAAGCAGAACGAGCACGCAAGCAAUCAGAACGUGAUGCCAAUGAAGCACAUACCCAGUGUAAUGAGUUAUCUGCUCAAGCUGAAUCGCUGAGCUCUGUAAAGAAAAAGCUCGAGACCGAACUUCUAGCAGUUCAAACCGAUCUUGAUGAAACUUUGAAUGAGUACAAAGCUUCGGAAGAGCGCUGCAAAGCAGCAAGCAGUGAUGCUGCACGACUUGCCGAACAGUUGCGACAAGAACAAGAAAAUUCAUUACAGAAUGACCGUAUAAGAAAGGCUUUAGAAUCUCAGUUGAAGGAGAUGCAGGCACGCCUGGAUGAAGCGGAAGCCGCUGCUCUUAAAGGUGGCAAGAAGGUCAUUGCGAAACUGGAAUCUCGUAUUCGUGAGCUUGAAAGCGAACUUGACGGGGAACAGCGACGAUAUCAGGAGACAAAUAAAAGUCUCACUAAACAUGAAAGACGCAUCCGAGAACUUCAAUUUCAGGUGGAUGAAGAUAGAAAGAAUGCCGAAAGAACGAGAGAUCUCAUCGAAAAGCUGCAGAACAAGCUUAAAUCGCAAAAGAAGCAAAUUGAAGAAGCCGAGGAGCUAGCAAAUGUGAACCUACAAAAAUUCCGCCAAAUACAGCAUCAGUUAGACGACGCAGAAGAGCGUGCCGAUCAUGCCGAAAAUUCGCUUUCUAAAAUGCGAGCCAAAACUCGCAGCGGUACAACAGCUUCGCCAGGAGUACAAAUCUCCCAGUCAUCUGUUUUUCGCUCCUCAUCACGCGCACAGUUUUAG